CUCUGCUUCGCAUAGGUGAACCCAGCUGGAGCGCUGGGAAGGCGCCGCGUGUGAAGCUCCCAGAGCUGUUCUCUCGGGAGAAAAAAGUACAUGCUCUGCCUUCGGGCUGCUCCCGAAACAGGCUGUAAGCCUGUACAAAAUAGAGGUGCCCGCUUGAUGCAAGCUGCCCCUUCCCUUGGUACCAAGGGGAGAAAUCUGUCCGCUAUGAGAGCCAAUUGCGCUGUCCCCGGGGCACCACGCGCGGGUCACCGCGGGGCACGGCAGCAGCGAGCCCGAGCAGGGCUUGGGGAGCAUCCCUCAGAGAGGGGCAGCAGGGCAGCACCCCCGGUCUGAAAGCGGAACUGCUGCCGACUUUGUGCAAACUUGUGACCCUGGCAAUUAGUUUGGCCUUUUAAACAUUUAAUUUCCCUGAUUGCGUGUUCCUUUCUGGGCACGCAUUUUUAUGCACUGGGGCUCUGACUGGAAGAGGUGGCCGGUGUCCACAUCUCUGUGAAGUCGCUGACAGCUGAAGUGUUCCGCAUGCUAGCAAGGUGAAGUCAGAGUGCUGAAACUAAUGACAACCAAAAUAAAUCACAUUUUUAGCAAUGUUUCCUCUGUAUGCCUUCAGCAACCAAAUAAUUACAUGUGUUAUGUAUACUGGGAAUAUUACUAAGUAAAACUCAUUACUAGUUCUAAUGCAUUUGUGAGUUAUCUGUUGGAACUGCCUUUAAAGUACCAUUUUGUUCUAUAGUUUUUAACAUGGAGGCAAUCAAACGCUGGAAGAAGUUGACCAAAUAUAUGUAAAUUAUUAAUCAUAUGGACUUUUUAUAGCAAGAGCAGAUGUUUUUCAGUGAUCUAGUUAAACCACAAGCUAGAGAGCCAUAGUUCCACUGAUGGUACAUAGAACUUGGGUGUUUUGCUGCUAACUUAGGUCUUUUUCCAGCACCUGCAUUUGUCCCUAAAAUAGCUCAUGAGUCAGGUUUUAAAAAAUGCUCAGCAUCUUUGCAGGCACUAAUGCUUGGGCCAUUUUUCUAAGAGGUCUGCAUACUUUGUGUGCAUAUAGUCUAAAAAGCUUUUCUGGGAAAAAAAAUCAUCUUGCUGUAUUCCAGGUGACCAAAUAAGAACCCACAUUCUCCUGCCUUUAAACAAAAUUCCUUCUGAGGGGUUGUAUUCAAACACUAUUACUAUGAGUGAGUCUUCCCUGCCUUGCUUGUUGGGCAAACUGGCUUCACAAAUCAGCUGCUGCCAUUUUCAUUACAGUUUCUGUAGGAUUUCACAAUUGCAAAGAGUUCAUUUGGCUCCUCUGCAUUUCAUGAGCCUGUUCUUGGCAGUGCUGUGUGGCAGGUAAGUGCCUUUCUGCUGCAACAGGCCAUGGGACAAUCAGUCAGUCCUGGGAGGGGAUCCAGGCAUCCAAUCCUUGCUUUAUCCAGACAGAGAGUUUGUGCAGUUAUUGGAGAUGACCUCCCCUGCUUUUGAGUGUAUUCACUCUGAACUUCUGACCUUAGUGAAAAGUUACUAGUAUGAAAGUAAUGGUAAGCAAGAAAUCAGUUCAAAUGGAAAAUAUAUGCAUUUUCUGAGGAUUGUGGGGGUUGAUACAAGCAUGACAUUAACAUGAAUCCACUCAAUCUAAGCCAGUUCUGUCAGCAAUACUGCCAAGAGGAGUGUCACAACUUUGCACUAAAUAUCAAUUCUUUUUCUUCAAAUAAUUUAAAAUGUGUAAAAGAUGUGCCUAUUUCCUGUCCAAAGAAGAACUUUUUUGUGUCCAGUAUCAGGAUUCAGGUGCAUUCUGCACAAAACCAGCCAAAAGUGAAAGAGAGAAAGGAAGAAAUACAUCCCUAAACUGGUUUCCUCUGAGAUGUGGUAACUUCAUCCACCUGCUGCUUCAGGAUUUCACUUCUUUACUCCAAGCUUUAUGAACUUGAACACAAAAGUACAUCAUCUUACUGGAACAGCAGAAGGUGACACAGAGAGCUAAUAUACAGGGAGAGACCAGUCUUUUUUGUGACCACAGUCAACCCAUGAAGAGUGAGGGCUCUCAGCCAUCUAAAAGUAUUUACUGCAUUUGCUUUAGAAUACUGUGGAGAAAAUGUAUGCUAGUCGAGAGGAUAUUGGAUAUGAUUUUGGAGAGGACUCAAAAGUUGGAAGUAAGCCAACUAAACCUAAUCCAAACAUUGAUGGAGGAUGGGCUUGGAUGAUUGUACUUUCCUCUUUCCUUGUGCACAUACUCAUCAUGGGUUCCCAAAUGGCCCUUGGAAUACUCAACAUGGAAUGGCUUGAAGAGUUUAAUCAAAGUCGGGGCUUAACAGCAUGGGUUAGCUCCCUCAGCAUGGGCAUCACGCUUAUUGUAGGUCCUUUUAUUGGUUUAUUCAUCAGCAUGUGUGGGUGCCGCACGACAGCCAUAAUUGGAGGGAUACUGAAUGCCCUGGGUUGGAUACUGAGUGCCUAUGCCUCAAAUGUGCACUACCUCUUCCUCACCUUUGGAGUGACAGCUGGCAUUGGAAGUGGCAUGGUUUAUCUCCCUGCAGUAGUCAUGGUAGGGCAAUAUUUUCAGAAGAGAAGAGCACUUGCACAAGGGCUCAGUACCACGGGAACAGGAUUUGGAACUUUCCUAAUGACUGCCUUACUGAAGUAUCUCUGCACUGAAUUUGGGUGGAGGAAUGCCAUGUUCAUCCAGGGCGCCAUCUCCCUGAACCUUUGUGUCUGUGGGGCACUUAUGAGACCACUCUCUCCCAAAGUCCUCCAUGAAAAAUAUGUGGUGAGAAGUGAUAGUGGAGAAAACCAGGCAAAAGCUCUGUCCCAUUCUACAGAGACUAUGAAAUCCAAUGGAGUCCUUGGUGAAGAACCAGAGAAAAAAGAAGAGGCAGCAAAUGAAGAAGUGCUUGGCAGUGUGCAGCACAUAGAAAUUGGAGGUAAAUCUGGAAGUGGAAGGAGCAUGUAUGGACUGCGCCUCUUUAAGACAGUGAGCCAGCUGACAAUUACAGUCAGGAAGGGCUUUGCACUCUGGUACUCCAGCUACUUUGGUGCUGCAUCACUGUUUACCAAUAGAGUAUUUGUGGCCUUUAUCAUUUGGGCUUUGUUUGCCUAUAGCAGCUUUGUCAUUCCCUUUAUUCACCUUCCAGAAAUAGUCAAGCAGUACAACUUAUCUAGGCAGGACAAUGUAUUUCCUUUGACAUCCAUUAUAGCCAUUGUUCAUAUUUUUGGUAAAGUGAUCCUUGGAAUCAUCUCUGAUCUCCCGUGCAUCAGCACAUGGAAUGUCUUCCUCAUGGCUAACUUUACCCUGGUCACCUGCAUUCUUACUUUGCCACUAAUGCACACAUACAUUGGCCUGGCUGUGGUUUGUGCUCUAAUAGGAUUUUCUAGUGGCUAUUUUUCUCUAAUGCCUGUUGUGACUGAAGAUUUAGUUGGAACUAAACACCUUGCAAAUGCCUAUGGCAUCAUCAUUUGUGCCAAUGGAAUAUCUGCUUUGUUUGGACCACCCUUUGCAGGUUGGAUCUAUGACAUCACACAAAAAUAUGAUUUUUCUUUUUACAUAGCUGGAUUGCUAUACAUGGUGGGAAUAAUAUUUUUACUUAUACAACCUUGUAUUCAAAAGACACAGCCAAGAGAAAAAUCUACAGAAGAAGCACAAGUAUAGAACAAAUUCCAGAAGUUUUUUUACAGAACUUUUUUGUUUUCAUGUUUCUCUCAUGUGACAAUAUGAAGAUGUUUUUCUUAUAGAACCAACCACAUUUAGCUGCACUUAAGUGAAAAAUAAAUGUGCUCCAUAAUGCUUAUAAAUUAUUGGAAAUAUGCUUUUAAAAUUAGUUAAGAUAUUUUACUUUAGAACCACCAAAUACAAUGAUUAAAAGCCAACUGCUAGUAUUUUAAUAUUAGAACAAUGCUAGGAAUUGUUACUCUUGCUUCUCUUUUAACUUUUCACCAUCAAGCAUUGGUGAAAAUCCAUUGACUGCAGUGCAGUUACUCUGAUUUACACUAGUCCUAUGAGAGAAUUUGGUCAGGACAUGAAGGAUUUAUAAAACUCCUUUCUACUAUGUAUUCAAUCUGACGAAAGAUUAGUUACUGAGUAUAAGAAAAUGAUUGUAUUUCUUGCCCAGCUAGUCAAGCACUGUUGAAAUGCUAUUAUAAUAAUUCCAUUAAUUCAGCAUACUAAAAUUACUAUUUCUAUGAUGCAAAUCUGAAAAAAAGUUCUUAUCUAUUUCUGAAGUGAUUCAGUUGGACUCAAUAGGUCUCUCCCAACCCAGUAUAUUCUGUGAUUCUACUUCAAUGAUUUUUAAUUUUAUUUUUUUUAAAGUAUCAACUGCAUCUAAAGUUGAUGCAGCAUACCUAGGCUGCAUUUUAAAUGCUGUGACACUUAAUGCACCUGAACUAAAAAACCCCAUGAAUGCAGAAACAGGAAACACAGAAAACAUGGAAAAUAUCAUUGUGACUGGAAAAUGUUUCCAGAAACAGUUUGAGUUCUCUGGCCCCUUUACCUAAUUAGAGUUAUUGCAGAAUUUAAUAGCAUUGCCACUGACUCCUUCCAUGGGAAUGAACUCUUCUACAGCACACUAAAUUUUGUUAUAAUUUAAUUUAAUUUAAUUGUUCACAAACUCUGUUACAUAUGAGCAGUCAUGUUGCUGCUUGUAAUGUACACCAUGAACUGACUAAGAUUCAUCAUGUUUGAGAAGUUUGUUCACUAGAAAAUUAGAUACUGCAAAGCAUGAAAUAGCUAAAGAGCAUUUAAAAUAUUAAAUAAAUUUUCUUAACAUUAUGGAUCUGGUAACUACAGUGAUGUAACAGUAAGUGAUGUAUGGUGAUACAGGGCAUAUUUUUUUCAGCUAUGAGAGGUGAGUCUGAAGUUAAUUUUCCUAUCAAAUAAGAACCACUGUAAGUUUCCAUCCUCUUAGCUUUAUGAAAGUUCUUUGCAUGAGAAAUCAGGUUCUUAGUUUAAUAUUGCUAUGUGCUGCUGGAAUUCCUUAAAAAGCAAUUGAAACAAUUCAAUUAUAUUGAAGAACUAUUGGGAAACAGCUCAGUAUGCAAUAAUAUCAAUAUCAAUAUCCUUAUCUUCUUUAUAGCUGCAAGAUUGGUUAACAAAAAGUUCUGAAUGUGUAUUGUUCUAUAUUGCAAUUCACCAGCUUCUUAGUGUUGCACUUCUACAACUGUUGGCAGGGACAUACAAAAAAUAAAACCUUAAGAAACCUGAAUUACUUUAAGAUUUACAUCAGUGCAAUCAUAUAGGGUAGUUAUGUAUGGCCUUUAAAAUUCACCUAAGACAACUGAGGUGACACUGAACUGCAACACACGGUGUGAACACACAGUCAGUAACUUCUUAAAAUCAGCUUUUGUUAUUGGAAAAAAUUUGCACGUAACUUUUCACAUCAGUUCUUUGUUACAGGUUAAAUGUCUUCUUGGUGGGAAUGCUGCUGGUGGCUCAUUUGAACUGAGCUAUCUUUUAUUGGUGAAAUAUAUAUUGUAGUCAUGAUUUCCCUCUUUUUUAUUUUUAAAAGAUAUGUAUCCUUCAUACAUAGAUCUUCACUUUGUCUUUUGUCCAAAGCAACUUUAUUUGCAUAUUACAGUAAUAAAAAAUAUGUUGUUCA